GAAGAAAAAUAAAACCCAUUGCAAACACAAACGAGCCGCGUCUGACCAGUCCGCGCGUGCACCAUGCCUUCUCUAUUGACCUACUACAUGAAGCUUUUCUAAACAUAUUCUUUAUGGUGAUGAUGAUGAUGAUGGAGGAGGGUAUGAUCAAAGAUGUGUUCAAAAGCUACAACAGAUAUCCUGUUCCUGUGUCUGCUUCCAUCACUACUGAGAACAGCGUCUGCUCUGACACCAAGACUCAGAACUUCACCAUAAGCACUGACUGGAGUCAGUGUGAUGUUGACCGAGGCGUUAGAUUGCGCUUUAGUCAACACUGGACUCUUCGAUGUAAUGAAAAUACUCUGGAAAAGUUUGCGUGUCUGGGACCCUCUAUCAACACACAUGGAGAGUUGCUGACUAGCCACGCCCCCUCUGGGGUACGUCGAUCGGUCAUCCGAGAUGUCAGGGGGUGUCAGUACCUUGAGGUAUGGGGCUGCAAUGGACUGGAACAAAGCUUAGACCUCACAGCCCUGAACAAACAUGGAAAAGUCUAUGAAGAUGCACAGUUUGCAUGCCUGGCUUGGUCUCCAUGUGAAGAAAGGGUACUUUACAUAGCAGAGAAGAAGACAGCGGGGCCAUCAGCCAGUAACAGUGGAAGUUUGACUGUGCUUGAAGAAGAGGAUAAGAAUGUGUAUGUGGAAGACUGGGGUGAGGGUCUGGUUGGUAAAAGUGCCCCAGUGUUGUGUGUAGCAAAUCUAACUAAAGGAGAUGUGACAGUGUGUCCUGGGGUCCCACCUCAUGUGUCACCUGGUCAGGCCUUGUGGACAGGAGAUGGCAAGGAAGUGAUCUUCGUGGGCUGGUGGCAUGAACCCUUUCGACUGGGCCUGAAGUUCUGUUCCAAUCGGAGAUCAGCUGUCUUCUCCAUUGAUUUGAAGGAUAAUUGUGAGCUCCUGUCAAGUGAUUCCGGUUCAGUGAUGAGUCCUCGGCUGAGUCCAGACUCUCUCUGGCUGGUAUAUCUGCAGGGACAAGUGUUUGGCCCACAUCAACAAUGUCUCCGCAUGAUGCUGUAUGACAUAAAGAACAGAACUACCUCAGUAUUGGUGGAUGUAGUGAGAAGAGCAGAGAAAGGUCAGUUUAUGGGUCUGUAUGAACCUCUUGCUCCUCAUUGCUGGUCUUCAGACAGUGAGAGAAUCUUCUUCAGCAGUGCCUGUGAAAACAGCAAGAUGCUGUUCUAUGUGGAGAGACGAACUGGGAGAGUAACUACCGUGCAGGACGCUGAGUGGAAAGACUUUGGGAGCGUUAAGCUGCUGGCAGUAAUGAAAGACCUGAUGGUGAUGUCCUGCUCUUCUCCAAAUCAUCCUCCCAGUCUGAAAGUAGGGUUUGUACCUGAUGGAAAGCAUGCACAGAAUGUACAGUGGUCUCACGUGGGCGGAGCUAAUACAUACGAGAGGUUUGAUUGGGAGUCGAUGAUCAUCACUCCUACACCGGAAGAGGAAAACCAUCAGUUCUCUGGCAUUAGUUUUGGUGCCAUACUGUUGAAACCAGCAAGCUCUUUCAGGGCUGUGAAGUUUCCUCUGGUCGUCUUCAUACACGGAGGGCCUCAUUCUCAUUACGCUGCUGAAUGGAACGUCACUGCUGCAGCUUUGACUAAACUGGGUUUUGCUGUGCUCAUGGUUAAUUAUCGAGGUUCUACUGGCUUUGGUCAAGAUGGUGUUGAUUCUCUGCUUGGAAACAUCGGCAGUCAGGAUGUCAAAGACGUGCAGAGGGCCGUGCUGCAUGUCCUGCAAAGUAACAAGACUCUUGACCCUGAUAGGGUGGUUGUGAUGGGCGGGUCUCACGGUGGAUUCCUGACCUGUCAUCUGAUUGGUCAGUAUCCUGAGUUCUACAGAGCAUGUGCAGCACGGAACCCUGUCAUCAAUGCAGCCACAUUGCUUGGGACCAGUGACAUCAUUGACUGGAGAUAUUCCUCUGUUGGUCUGGAAUACAGCUUUAACCAGCUGCCCACUCCACAAGCCUUAACCACCAUGCUGGAGAAAUCACCUAUAGUGCAUGCAGCGCAGAUCCGCACUCCAGUUUUGCUUAUGUUGGGUGGCAAGGAUAAGAGAGUUCCACCUUAUCAAGGACUAGAGCUUUACAAAGCCCUCAAGAGUAGGGACUCACCUGUCAGGCUGUUGUGGUAUGAUGGUGAUGGUCAUUCCCUGUCUAAAGUGGGUACUCAGUCAGACUGUUUCCUCAAUGUUGCACUCUGGUUCAGUCAGCAUUUAGACAUGAACUGAGCUGCUAAAUUUAUACUUGGACAAAAAAAACUAUACAGAGCAAAAAUAAUGGCUACAUGUUUACACAUUCAUUAAGAAUUCAGGGCUGCAUCUCAAGCCACAAUUUUACACCCUGAACAGGAUGCCUAAGCUUGUCCGUAGUGUUUUGUGCCUACACUUGGGAUCUAAUGGCAUAUUUUCACAUAUCUGAACUGAUGUAUAACAAAUCUUUUGCCAAAUUUGACUCCACCCCACUGACCCAUUGUUGUUAAUUACUGUUAAAAGUUUGUUAUGGUCACUCCCAGCAGAUUAGGAUCUUUAUAUUCUCUGACCCUUAAAAUUGAUUGGGUGUAUAGCUAUAAUUUACAGUAUAUGGAAAAUUAUAAGUGUUCCAUUUCUCCAGUUGUUAGUUACUACCAAUGCAGACCACAAGGGGGCAGACCCGAUCUUCGUUUUACAGCCAGAUGCAGUUUGCAAGAACAGAAAAUGGCAGAAAUGCUCAGGCUGCUGUUUGAGAUUAAUAUUAGACUAGUUUGAUCUCUAAAAUUCAUCUUUACAAUUAAAUUAAUGAGAUUUUAGCAUGAUUUUUCAUUAUUGAGGCAGAAAAUACAUGAUACAUGUACUGAUCAUGAUCAGUGCAGAAUAGGUGUGAAACUUUGUAAUAGUGCCCCUGAUGAAAACUAAGACCGAACAUGUCUGUGAACGAACAGUCUUUUCACACACAGAUAGAUAGAUAGAUAGAUAGAUAGAUAGAUAGAUAGAUAGAUAGAUAGAUAGAUAGAUAGAUAGAUAGAUAGAUAGAUAAAUAAACACGUGUUAUAGAAUAGUUCAACAGUGUCUGUCUUGUUAGACUCAUAUAGUAUACAAUGCCUAAUGUCUUAGCCAGAGCACAUUAAAGAAAGAGAGUAGUGCAUUUAGGAAAUGAUCUGCAGUUCCAUUUCUAUUCCAAAAAAAGAAUUGAAAAAAAUGGGAAAUGAUUCCGUUUGAGUUAUGGAAAUAUACAAAGUAUAUUGGGAAAAUUUAAGGGAAAAAAAAUGUUCAUUUUAUCAACUAAAAUUUGUCCAUUGUUGCUUUAGAAUAAAAUAAAUCUAUACGAACUAACUACAGACUAAUAACUAAAACUGUUGCAAAAAGACUUUUAGAAUUCGACAAUACUGACUUAAUAAAUGAUGGCAGAAUGUGCUUUAAAAGCAGUUUAUAUACUCGCUAAUAACAACAUAACCAUCUUUCAAAGGAACCACCUCAGCGAUCUGUUCCAGAAAGGCUGCUGAAACAACCAAAAAAACAAGAGAAAAGAAAAAUAAAUAAAUAAAUAAUUUCAAUUCCCGAGCUUAGCCAAUUCUUGUGCCUGCUGAUUUAUCAGUUCCCAGAAAACCGUUUACAUUUAGUUAAAUUAACUCCAGAUAGGCCUGAGUCAGGAUUGUGGGCAUUUGAAAACUUGGAACUUGAAAAGCCCUCAUAAGUCAGGCUCUGAGAGUGUGAUCAGAUCAGUGAGGUGGGCUGUGAGAUUAUAGAGUAUCAGUAUGUGUUUCAAAGAAUAGAGUUUCCCUUUCAGGCAGCAUAAUUACAGUAUAAUGUGGGUGUUAUGUUAUCAAUUCCCCCAAAUAUUUCCCUCUUUCCCAUGACUAUCUUUUUAGAUGGAGUACCACAUUUUUCUUGAUUGUGUUGAAAGAUUUAGAUUUUUUAUUUUUUCCAGCCAAGCAACAUGUCUGGUUGAAUUUGAACAAAUUUAAGCUAACCACAGCUGCCAUGAUGGUAUGCUAUGAGGAAUGUUGUGUCGUAACUAUCUGAGUCUAGGCAGCAGAUUAUUCUUUCUAGAAACCUAUUAGUAGUUGUAUUAUCAGGAAGAAAAAAAGUGUUCGUUUCACAGGCUCCCACAUGCCUGAGCUUUAAUACAGAGCUCUAUAUUUGAACUAAAUGACUUUGUAUAAUGUUUAUUUGGUUCUUUACUGUACAUUUCCCUGUGGCGUUAGUAGUGUUUGUUAGUAGCCUCAUCUCAGCUUGGCCAAGGUUGCCAGGUCUCUGAAAAAAAAAAAAAAAAAUCUCUAGCUCACCUACUUCUCAAAAACUGUACAAUAAAAGCCAUCUUUUUCCCUUU